UAUCCAGCCACUGACUCCACCCCCUCCGCCCAUUUAGUUUCACUUUAGUUGGAAUGUGACGUACAUUGUUUUGUCCGUCUACUCUGCAGUUUAAGAAAGUGAGUUGAGUGUGAAUUCAGCAACAUGAAUCCGAGUGAGGACAGUGAAGAAGAGGGCCCCUCGAAAACAAAAAGGAGAAGAACGACAGGGAACCAGAGCAACGUUCAGGGGAUCCAUCAGAGAACAGAUUCCCCUGGACCUGAACCAAGCUGUGUGUCCUAUCAAGAAAGCAACUUAUCAAGAGAUGUUGCUAUUGAUUUUAAAGGACGUGCUAAUAUAAAGAGGAUCCGUCAGAGACCAGAUGCUCCUGGACCUGAACCAAGUUGUGUGUCUUAUCAAGAAAGCAACUUGUCAAGAGAUGUUGCCAUUGAUUUUAAAAGACUUUCUUCUAUAAAGGGAGGUGACCAUGAAAGCUCAGAGAUUCCCAGUGGUCAGUCUGCCCAGCAGCAUUACACACACCUGGACUCCGUAUUUGUGCUGCUGGAGGAAAACAUUGUCGCGUUUGUGAAGAAGGAGCUGAAGAAAAUCCAGAAGGUUCUGAGUCAAGAUUGUCCAGAAUGCUUAGAGAGUCAGAUGGAGGAUGAGGAGGAGUUGGAUGGUGAAGACGAAGAGCAGAGGAGGAGCAGCAGAGAGGCGUGUCUGAAGAUCACAAUGAACUUCCUGAGGAGGAUGAAGCAGGAGGAGAUGGCUGACUGUCUGCAGAGCAAAUCGACUGUCAUGUGCCAGUCUCUACUAAAAUCUGACCUAAAGAAUAGGUUCCAGUGUGUGUUUGAAGGCAUCGCUAAAGCAGGAAACCCAACCCUUCUGAACCAGAUCUACACAGAGCUCUACAUCACAGAGGGAGAGACUGGAGAGGUCAACAAUGAACAUGAGGUCAGACAGAUUGAAACAGCUUCAAAGACGCGAAACAGAGGAAAAACAAUCAUCAGACCAGAAGACAUCUUUAAAGGCUCAGCUGGAAGACAUGGAGCCAUCAGAACAGUGAUGACAAAGGGAGUGGCUGGAAUUGGGAAAACAGUCCUAACACAGAAGUUCACUCUGGACUGGGCUGAAGACAAAGCCAACCAGGACAUACACUUCAUAUUUCCAUUCACCUUCAGAGAGCUGAAUGUGCUGAAAGAGCAAAAGUUCAGCUUGAUGAAACUUGUUCAUUACUUCUUCACUGAACCCAAAGAAGAAGGAAUCUGCAGGUUUGAAGAGUUAAAGGUUGUUUUCAUCUUGGACGGUCUGGAUGAGUGUCGACUUCCUCUGGACUUCAACAAGACUAAAACCCUGACUGAUGUCACAGAGUCCACCUCAGUGGAUGUGCUGCUGACAAACCUGAUCAGGGGGAACCUGCUUCCCUCUGCUCGCCUCUGGAUCACCACACGACCUGCAGCAGCCAAUCAGAUCCCUCCUGGCUGUGUUGACCUGGUGACAGAGGUCAGAGGGUUCACUGACCCACAGAAGGACGAGUACUUCAUGAAGAGGUUCACAGAUGAGGAGCAGGCCACAACAAUCAUUUCUCUUAUAAAGUCGUCACGAAGCCUCCACAUCAUGUGCCACAUCCCAGUCUUCUGCUGGAUCACUGCUACGGUUCUGGAGGAUGUGAUGAAAACCAGAGAGGGAGGAGAGCUGCCCAGGACCCUGACUGAGAUGUACAUCCACUUCCUGGUGGUUCAGACCAAAGUAAAGAACAUAAAGUAUGAUGGUGGAGCUGAGAUAGAUCCACACUGGAGUCCAGAGAGCAGGAAGAUGAUUGAUUCUGUGGGAAAACUGGCUUUUGAGCAGCUGCAGAAAGGAAACCUGAUCUUCUAUGAGUCAGACCUGACAGAGUGUGGCAUCGAUAUCAGAGCAGCCUCAAUUUACUCAGGAGUGUUCACACAGAUCUUUAUAGAGGAGAGAGGACUGUACCAGGACAAGGUUUUCUGCUUCGUCCAUCUGAGUGUUCAGGAGUUUCUGGCUGCUCUUCAUGUCCAUCUGACCUUCAUCAACUCUGGAGUCAACCUGCUGUCAGAACCAUCACCAUCCCACACGUCUCAACCAAAAGGAUCAGCAGUGAUGCAUUUCUACACGAACGCUGUGGACAAGGCUUUACAGAGUCCAAAUGGACACCUGGACCUAUUCCUCAAUUUUCUCCUGGGUCUUUCUCUACAAGACAAUCAGAAGCUUCUACGUGGUCUGAUGACACAGGUUGAAUGUCUCCCUGAGACCAAGCAGCAAAUAGUUCAGUAUAUAAAAGACAAACUCAGUCCGACUCUGUCUGCAGCACGAAGCUUGAACUUGGUCAACUGUAUGAAUGAACUGAAUGACUGUUCUUUGGUGGAGAAGAUCCAACAGUACCUAAAAUCAAGAGGAUUCUUCCCAGAUGAGUAUUCUCCUGCUCAGCUUUCAGCUCUGCUCUUCGUCCUAAUGUCAUCGGAGGAGAAUCUGGACGUGUUUGAUCUGCAGAAAUACUCUGCUUCAGAGGAGGCUCUUCUGAGGCUGCUGCCAAUUUUAAAACACUCCAAGAAAGCUGAACUGAGUGGCUGUAACCUCUCAGAAAGAAGCUGUGAAGCUCUGGCUUCACUUCUCAGCUCCCAGUUGUCUAGUUUGAGAGAACUGGACCUAAGUAACAACGAUCUACAUGAUUCAGGAGUGAAGCUGUUGUCUGCUGGACUGAAGAGUCUAAACUGCAAACUAAGGAUUCUCAGGCUGUCAGGCUGUCUGAUCACAGAAAAAGGUUAUGAUUCUCUGGCCUCUGCUCUGAGCUACAACGCCUACCAUCUAAGAGAGCUGGACCUGAGAUACAACCAUGCAGACGACUCGGGGGUGAAGAAGCUGUCUGCUUUACUUAAGAAUCCAAACUACAGACUAAAAACUAUCAGUGUGGAGCCUGGUGGAGAUCGAUGGUUGAGACCAGGUCUAAAGAAGUAUUUCUGUCAACUCACAAUCAACACAGACACAGUGAACAAACGCCUCAAACUGUCUGAUGACAACAGGAAGGUCACACAACUGAAGGAGAUUCAGCCGUAUCCUGAUCACCCUCAGAGAUUUGAUUGGCAGUUUCAGUUGCUGUGUAGUAAUGGUCUGACUGGUCGCUGUUACUGGGAGGUUGAGUGGAACGGGCUGGUUUAUGUGUCAGUAAGCUACACGGGAAUUGAGCGGUCAGGACGUGGUGAUAGUUCUGGGUUUGGAAGGAAUAAGCAGUCCUGGGCUCUGAGAUGCUCUGAAGGGGGUUACUGUGCUUUGCACAACAAUGAUCAGUCAUUUCUCCGCCCCUCCGCCUCCUCUGGUCGAGUAGCAGUGUAUGUGGACUAUCUUGCUGGUUCUCUGUCCUUCUACAGAGUCUCCUCUGACAAACUGAUCCACCUUCACACCUUCAACACCACAUUCACUGAGCCUCUUCAUGCUGGGCUCGGAGUCUGGUGGCAUAAUUCUUCAGCAGCUCUGUUAGAUGUUAGAGUAAGUACAGUUUAGUCCUGAAAAGCCUUCUGUCAGAAAAAACAUGUUCAAUGUACAGUAUUUUAGUGUGUACUCUGUCCAAUUCCUUUUAAACACGUGUAAUUUGUGUAUCUACUUAUUGCUUACCUAUUACUUAUUGUAUUUCAGUGGGUAUAUCUGUCCAUUUCAUUUAUUAACGUUUAAUUUGAGUAUUGGCUUGUUGCCUGUCAGAGUACAGGCACAGGGCUGCAAUAAGGUGUUAAAGUUGUUUAAAAGAGCAAAAGCAAAAGUAGUAGUAGUCCAGUAACAUUUUUUAAGCAUCACUUGUAAUCUAUAGUCAGAUAACACAUCUCUGAUACAUCUGUUUGUAAUUGACUUCCUGUUUCAUCGUGUUUUAUAAAUAAAUAUAGCUGGGUGUCACCUGUAUAGGAAUGGAUUGACAUAUUUCUAAUAGUGCUUCAGAGAGACCUGAGUGAGAGAUGGGACGAGAGAUGAAGUUAGAGUGGGUUCAGGCACAGAAACCUGUGGAAGUCUGUAACUAACAUUUCUGUGCAUCGAAGUAGAAGAUAUAAUAUAUCAUAUAGUAUAUAAUAUAUUCUUAAAUAUAAUGGAUUUAUAUAUUGUAAAAAAUUGACUCUAUCUGAUGUAAACCACCAUAAUGUUCUCCCUUUAAUCUCAGUGAUAUUUUCCAGCAGCACUAAGAUUAUUGUCUGAGGUAAGAGAAGAUUUUUAGUGGUGAUCUGCAGUGCUGCCUUUAUAUUUAUGAUUUAAAUCCUGUAUACCGUAUGUAUAUAUCUUUUUAUUUUUGUUUUGAGUUUUAUUUUCUCUAUAUUCAACAAAACAUUUAAGAUAAGGCAGACCAUUAUUCGUCCCACAAUGGAGAAAUUUCCAUGUUGCAGCAGCAGUACAAAACAAGAGCAGAGUCAAGAUUAUUUACAAUUUAAGUAAAAUUAAAAAUAUAUACUAUAUAUUUCCAUACUCACUCAAAUAUUAAUACGACAUAUUUUAUGUAUGAGGUGUAUUUUGACUAUAUUCAGUUUGAACUGCACAUACAUGUACAGUAUAUUGCCAUAUUCACUUAAAAUCACUUUGUUGUGUUUUUUUCUCUGAGCUCAAUAAAAAUAUUAAAGAUGUU